AUGUUUUGCGGUUCUGCACCUGGGAGUUUUGCCGGCCUGGACGUCGAUCUGAUCUUGGUACUGCCACUUCUGUUUCUGGCAUGGGUUGUGCUGAUGCCAGCAACAGGAGGAAGAGUUCACUUUGUGGGAUAUUUCUCGAAUGACACGGAGGCAGCCUGCGCCUUUGAUGCAAAGUUGCGUGCAAUUUGCACAGACCCUGUGCGAUUGAAGAAAUCCUUGAAUUUCCCCAGGAAGGAGGAGGCAUCCUAUGAAGAACCGUUGUCGGAGAGGCGCUCCCGGGGCCUGAAAAAGAGCUUCAAAAGCCUUGCCAAAGAUGUGGAGUCGUUGCGGCGUUUGCAGCAUCGCUUCUCGAAAUCUCCACAGGCGUCAGAGUUUGAGAUUGUCAACAUUCCCUCCCAGUCGCGAGUUGAUGCUUUGUUUCAGCCCCGGGGGUCGAAGAGCGGAGGCUUGCCCCUUCAGCUGAAGUCUUCGAGCCGCCACAAGAGCGGUAGUAGUCAGUAUUAUUUCUUUUCGGGGACAAGGGGCUAUGACGGCAUGCUCCUGGUUUUGAUCGCCCUGGACCGUGACAUGAUCUGGAUGGUUCCCGGAAGCGAGGUGUCCCAGAAACAGCUUGCAGUAACACUUGGGUCCGAACGAGAGAAGGCAUGGCGAGCGAGCCACCUUGGGCUUGCGCUGGUGGAGUACUUCAAGAAGGGCAGACUGCCGCAGAUUUCAAUGAAGGAUGCAUUGCUGCAGUGCGGCGGAAGCCACAUUGUGGAAGAGCAU